AUGCAGAUGAUUUCUUCAACAUUGAACUUACAGUAUCUUAAACCAGCUUGUACAUUCAGUUUGAAUGUUCACAACUUAGCAACCCCAAAUAAGGAUGAAUUGUACAGACAGCUUACUAUAGAGGUCAAAGGCCACGAUAAAGCAAUCCUAAACAGCUACCAAAAAUUCACAGCAAUGGCAGCAGAAGAGUUGGAUGUAAACAUUACAAAAAUAUAUGAACCUCCUAAAGCGAUAGCCAGAAUGAGUUUAAUGAAAUCAGUGUUUGUUCACAAAAAACAUUUUCACCAGUACGAGAUGAGAACACUAUAUAGAGUUUUUGAGAUAAAAAACAUAACAGGCUCAACAGCUGAUACAUUUUUAGAAUAUAUACAGAGAAAUCUACCUGAGGGUAUGGCAAUGAAAGUUACUAAGCAUCAAAUUGAAAAAUUCCCAGAGCAUAUCAAACCGCCUUCGACUUCUGCAAAGUCAGAUAAUGUUGCCCAGUCUUUAGAAGAAGGUAGCCCAAAAUCUACAGAAGAUGCCAAGUUUGAUCAGAACACUUCAAAACCUAUUGAAGCAACUGAAUCUGUUACCGACACCAACAUAGUAGAACCUACAACAGCAUCAACAGGAAUUGUUCACAGUAGCAAGAUGGCCAAGCCGAAAAAGCACUCCAAAAAAUCUAGUGAUGUCAAGUCUGGCUCAGCAGAUGCGCCUACUGAUAGUUCUGACACUAUCAAAUCUAAAACAAAGAGAGACCAAAAAUCUGGCAAUCCUGCAGAUAUUGACUCUUAA